AUGACAGGGAAACUAGCGGACAAGAUCCCUCUUACCAUGAGCAGUUUAAUAAACACGAUCCCUGACAGUCUCUACCCAGAAGAGGACAUCCCGACGUCUAUGAAUAUUUUCACCAGUACGGAAUCCAUUAAUCACUAUUCACAGAUGAACACAGAUAAUAUCAUGGAUCUGGGCAUGGGAAGCGAGAAAGCAACCUCGGAGAUUCAGUAUGGAUCCAGCUUCCAGUCCAACCGCAGCGGGCAGACUGUCACCUACUUGGGGAAGUUUGCCUUUGACACUCCUCCUUCAGGUGGCAUUAGUGGCUCUGGCUGGUGCUCUGAUAACAAUAUCAUCAGUCUUGUGAGCGCGGGGAUCCUCGGUGUUUCUCCAUCACCCGGCACAGUAACGACACAGACAUCAUCCUCCGCAGCAAGCAUGGGCGGACAGACGUCAGACAUGGAGCAGGUAUAUGGUCCACCACUGCCUGCCUAUUCCACCUGUGGUGACCUGUACCAGGAUCAGGUCUCCUUUCACCACAGCCCUGCCACCAGCACGCCUCUAGCCUACCCUGGCAAUGACUAUCACUCCACAUCAAAAGCCUCCAUGGAUGGCAGUCUUUUCUCCAUGAUCCCCGACUACAACCUUUUCCACCAUCAAGGGGAGGUUGGCGUGAUGGAGCACAAGCCCUUUCAGACCAUGGACCCCAUCCGAGUCAACCCUCCACCCAUCACGCCUCUGGAGACCAUCAGAGCAUUCAAAGACAAGCAGCAAAUUCACCCAGGUUUCAUCGGCGGGCAGCAGCACCCACCUCAGCACCACCCCCCACCACAGACACUCACCCUCAAACCCAUCCGACCACGGAAGUACCCCAACCGUCCCAGCAAAACCCCAGUCCACGAGCGGCCGCACGCCUGUCCGGCAGAGAACUGUGACAGACGCUUCUCGCGCUCAGACGAGCUCACGCGUCACCUCCGCAUCCACACGGGUCACAAACCCUUCCAGUGCCGAAUAUGCAUGCGCUCCUUCAGCAGGAGCGACCAUCUGACCACGCACAUUCGCACGCACACGGGUGAGAAACCCUUCUCCUGUGAGUUCUGUGGACGCAAGUUUGCCAGAAGCGACGAGCGAAAGAGACACGCAAAGGUGCACCUGAAACAGAAGGACAAGAAGCCAGCUGACAAGAGCAGUGGGGCAGCUGGGAGCCACAGCUCGCCACCCAGCUCCUGCGGGGGGCCAACUGUGGGAACGUCAUGACCAUCACUACGUGCACUUGGACUGGACCCUCACCACACACAAUAAAGAGACGUAGGAAGAAGGGAUCACGUCUGCUAUGAGAUAAAUAGGUGACUCUUUUCCUCUCUUUUACACCCCUGCUCUUUUCAGUUCCUUCUAUUUUUGAGAUGGAUGCCUUUAGUUUA